GUAGUAUUGUCUAUAAUAAAGUUUGGUUAAUAUUGUUUUUUGUAAAAACUUUAAAUAAUGUUUAGUAAAGUAUUUUACGCGUUUAUGUAAAUGAAUUUGAAAACUUAACCGCUAAAUUAAUCACAUGAGUAUUAAGGUUUAAAUACUUAUUGACUAUAUCUUUUUUUUUAUAGGAAUAUAAAAACUCUUUUUUGAAUUAGUGUAUUGUGGUACUAUGGAUUUUAGAAGAAGAGAAAGAAGGAUAAUUGUAUUCAAUUCAGAAAAUAUUUGAGUGAAAUUAAAAAUGACUUAUGUCAACUUAUAGUGAUUUGGAGACAAAGAAAGGCGAAUCAAUUGAUUUUGAAUUUAAUUAUUAUUGAGGGCAUUAGAGAAAGGAAUUUAAAGAGUAAACUACAACAUUAUAAUCAUGGUUGUUAAUUACAUACUUCAACGUAUUAAUUCUGAUCAAAGGGUUUUUCUUAACAAUAGUGAUGUUUCGUAUACAUGUGGCAGAGGAAGAGAAAAUCAAAUCAUUUGUCCCAGUAUGUUUGUUUCAAGGAAUCACUGUAUCUUUAUUAUCCAAUCAGAUGGGCUAUACAUACGAGAUUUGAAUAGCUCAAAUGGGGUUUACGUUAAUGGCGAUAAAAAAAUUACAAACACAUUAUUAAAACAAAAUGACAAAAUUGGGAUUGGUGUACCUGAACAGGAUCCACAUGAGAACAAUUAUUACGUCUAUUCACUAUAUAUAAAUGAAGUGGAAAAUUUUGAUAUAAAUAAUGCGGAUGCUGCUGCGAGUGGUUCUUCUAAUCAGGUGGAAAUUAAAACGGAACCAGAGGAAAGUGAUGAGAAAGAUGUUAAUAAGAAGCGACCAUCUGAAGAUAAAGAGGGUAAUGCAUCGAAAAAACAAAAGACCAAUGAAGAACAUGGAGAAGGUACUUCUGAUCCAUUACCAAGUACCAGUUCUGCAAAUGUUGAUUCUGUUAGAAUAAAUUCAAUAAAGUUGGAAGCAGAAGAUGAGAUAGAAAUAGUUAACGUUAUUGUACAUGCCAAUGAUAAUAAAGAAUUAGCAACUAAAAAAAAUUGGAAACCAGCAGAAAAUAUUAAAUCUAAAACGAAAAGUAAUAUUACCAAUAUCGAAAAAAUAAGUCGUGAUAAAGCAUUGGACGUUGAUUUUUUAAAGAAAAACAUUACAGUUAAUAAGGAUCUUAAUGCAACAGUAAAACACAGUCCACAUUUGAAACAUAAUCAAGAAAAAAAUCCCAGUAAACAACAUGUACAAGACUCUGUUGUAAAUAAAAAUGAACAAGAAUUAAUUUUGAAAAAUAAUAAAAAGAGAAAGAUGACUGAUAUAUUUGUACCAAAUAGGAGUAAAGACAGUUUUCAAACAUCAUCCAAUAGUUAUCAAUAUAAAAAUUGUGAUAAACUAGUCUCACCAAGUACAUCUAGUGAUAAAAUGAUUACCUCAAUAAAAAUGGAAGAAGUUGAAGAAGAUGUGGUAUUUUUAGACGCUGAAGAAAAUAACAUUACUCCUAAUACUUCGAAUGUUCCAGUAAAACAACCACAAAAUCAGCAGAUUUCCACUUCAAAACUAGUCAAAUUAAAGACUGUUAAAAAAGGACCAACAACUUGUUAUUCACAGAAUGAUAUUGUUUGUUUAAGUUCCGAUGAUGAGGACGAUGAACGUUGUAUUUUUCCUUGUUCUCAACUUUUCAAUGAUGAGCCAGUGAUUAAAAGUGAAAUAAAAAUGGAAGAAAAUGAAAUUAAUGAAUCACAUGAUGAUAAAGAUGUGAUUAUACUUUCAGACUCUGACGACGAAAUUUAUAAUCCUUGGUUUGAUAAACUUUAUAAUAGUCAGGUAUAUAGACCUAGUCAAGAAAUUAAAAAUAAAUCUGAUAAUAAAAAUGAAAAAACAAAUGAAGAUGGACUUGAAUCACUUUUUUCGAAAUAUGAAGAGAAAAAUCAAUAUAAAUCGGAAUUGGAAUUUUUACAGGAGAACAAAAUUCUUGAAAUAGAAGAACAGGAUGACGAUGUAUGGGAUGAAUCAAUUCAAUCACAACAAACAGCAUCACAAGAGGCUGAAAAUAAGAUAGUUACUGAACAAAUUGAUAAUAGAAAAUCUUUAUCUAAAUAUGAUACAGAAAAAUCGCAGAAGAAUGAGAAAAUUUAUAAUGAAGAUGAAUUUUUAGAUGUUGAGGCUGACAUAAAUUCUUUACUCGAUAUUUCUAGUUUAAAAUAUAAAAAUAGACGAGAAAAAGAGAAAGAAGAUGAAAAUUUACAAAAAGAGAAAAAAUCCAUUUCACACAGAGAGAAGGAAUAUCAAGAGACUGAGAGACGAAAGGAUUCUAGAGAUGAAAAGUAUAAGAAAAGAAGAAAAAGCUCCAGUGACGAUAGUGAAAGAUCCAUUGAUGAGAGAAAACAUUCAAAAAUCAGUUCUACAGAGAAAAAGGAUAAUUUAAAAAAUAAUCUAGAACGACGAAAAAUCUUUGAUCAAGAGAAAUAUUCUAUAGAUGAAAGAAAGAGAAAUACAUCGGAAGAUCGAAAAAUAAAAAAAUCUUCUGAAUACUUUGAAAAGCGAAAAAAUGAUCAAGAAAGACGAAAAACUGUUGAUCAAGAGCGAUCUUCUAUAGAUGAAAGAAAGAGAAACACAUCGGAAGAUAGAAAAUUAAAAAAAUCUUCUGAAUAUUUUGAAAAUCGUAAAAAUGAUCAAGAAAGACGAAAAACUGUUGAUAAAAAGAGACAUUCUAUAGAUGAAAGAAAAAGAAGAAGUACAUCAGAGGAUCGAAAAAUAAAAAAAUCUUAUGAUCAUUUUGAAAGUCGAAAAAAUAAUCAUGAAAGAAGAAAAUCAAUUGAUCAAGAGAGACUUUCUAUAGAUGAAAGACAACGACGAAGUAUAUCGGAAGAUCGAAAAGGAAAAAAAUUAUCUGAAUAUUUUGAAAAUGGAAAUAAUAAUCAAGAAAAAAGAAAAACUAUUCAUCAAGAGAGUUUGAAAGAUUCUAUAGAUGAUAGUAAACAACGAAGUGUAUCAGAGGAUCGAAAAAUAAAUCAUGAAAGCUCGAGACAUUAUGUAGAUGAAAGAAAAAGUUCAUCGAUGGAUCGAAGAAUAAAAAAAUUAUCAGAACUUUUUGGAAAUCAAGAAAAAAAGAAAAAGAACUGGGAUGAGGCAUUAACGAAUAUAGAAGAAAAAGGAAUGUCAGUUAAAGCGACAAUUAAACAACCUAUUAGAAAGGCAAUAGUAAUUGAUGCACCUUAUAUGACAAAAAGUGAAAAACGUGGCAUUAAUUUAACAGUUUCAAGAGAUAAUAAUAAUUCUAAUGAGAAAAAAGAAGAAUCCGAAAAUGAAUUCUCAAAAGUAGCAUCACCACGAAUACGAAGUAGAUCGAGAAAUAGAAAAUCUCAAGAAAAUAUUUUUGAAGAAAGAAAUAAGGCUAAUUCAAUGAACAAUAAGGAGAGAAUAAAGGAGAAAUUAAAAGAACUUGCAGCAAAGCGAUCACUUUGUGAAUCUAAUUCAAAUAUUGUUCCUGUUCGAAAGUCUAAGGGAAUUGCUAAAAUUACACAUAAAUCACGACAAGAUUCAUUUGUAUGUGAACAGCAAAAAGCAACUUUAAUAAAACCAGUAAUUGCACGCGAAAGAAAAAAAAGUUCAUCACCAGUUGCACAUUGUUCAAAAUUCAGUCCAGAAUCAAAAGAAAUUCAAAUUGAUAAAAAUUCAUUUAAUAAAAGAGAAGAAAAACGUCCAAUAUUAGAAAACAAAUCAAAUGAUAUAUUUGAGAAAGAUAAUAAUAAUAAACGUCAACAAGAAGAGCUCUUUAUUAGCGUUAAUUUAAAUCAAAAUCAAGUUCCUUUGAAAUCAAUAGAAGAGAAAAAAGUCAAUAGAAAUUCAUUAAAAAGUUGUCUUCCUUUAUUUAGUGAUAACAUAGUUAAGAAAAAGAAAAAAGUACGUUUCUCUGAAAAAAUUGAUACUCGUAUCUUUGAAAUAGAUCCAAGAAAUUCUCUAAGUCGAUUCGUUGGAAAGGAUGCUCCAAUAAAUCGAAAAAAGUCACAAAUUGAGCCAAAAAUUGAUGAAUAUUUAUCACGAAUAUUUGAAUGGAAUCCAGUAUGGUUAGGUGAACAAAAGAAGCUGGCACAUGAGCCACCUGUCUAUGGCAGGCAUCAUUUGUCUAAAAUACAAACUCAUUAUUCUUCAUUCAUGGAAUAUUCAAAUGUUUUUAGACCUCUUCUUUUAUUGGAAAUAUGGAAUAGUUUAAGUAGAGAAAGCGAGUGUGAUGAAAAAAAGAGCAAAUUUCGACUACAUUAUUGUUCUGUGGUUCAGAAUUCAGUAUCAAAAAUGAAAACAUUUAUGGGUGACUAUCAAACAAAUUUAUUAAUAGAAAUAUUGAUGAGCAAAGAAGAUUUUGAUAAGGAACUUUAUCCUGGACCUGGACAUUUAUUAAUAUUUGAACUUCCAUUUUAUAAACAAGAAACAGAUAAAAAUGGAAGUUUAACGAAAAAGUUGCAGUUUCAUUCAAUUUUUGCAUAUGUUAAAAGUAAAACAAAUACGGAAAUAAAGCCCAAUACGCGAUUUAACAAAAAGCUGAUUGAAUUUACACCAAACUCGGAAAUUUUAGUAACUUUGUGUGUAUUGGCCAAAAAUGGUAUUGAACCAGUGACAGAUCAUGUUUGUAGAAUACGUGGUGCAAUGUAUUUAAAAUCAAAUAUGCGAGAUAUUUUAGCUUUACAAAAUCUUCCAAAUUCAAAUUUAGAACCAUUAAUUUUGUCACCUAAAUUAAAAGAUUAUAUACUUCCCGAACCGCAACAGACUCCACUUGUGUCAAAGGAGGAUCUAAAUGAAAGACAAAUUGAAGCUGUGAUGAGAAUAUCGGAAGCAGCUUUAACUGAAAAGCCACUAAUUUCUCUUAUUCAUGGUCCACCGGGAACUGGCAAAUCUAAAGUCAUUGUAAAUAUAGUUAUACAGAUUUUAUUUAAAAAUCCAAAUGCACAAAUAUUAGUUUGUGCACCAUCAAAUGCAGCAGUAGAUGAAUUGGCUCUUCGACUUUCGCAGAUUAGAUCAAAUCUUGAAUUCAAAAAUAUCAAAAUGGUGAGAGUUGGUCGUACAGAAGCAAUGAAUUCAAAAGUUAAAAAUAUUUCUCUAGCGGAAUUAGGUAGAAAACAUGUUGAAAAGGAUUUUUGUUUAAAUAAAAAUGAACAAAAAACGAGAAAGGAAAAUGAUGCAGAGAUGAGGAAAUUAGAGUCAUUGUUAAAUUUAGUUGAGGAAAGAAUAGAAAAUAUAAAGAGAAAUGGUGUUAAAGGGGAUCUCAGUCAAUUGUAUCGACAACGACAAAAUUUUCAAAAUAAUAUUAAAACAUUCAAAGCCAAAAUUGAUCAACGUGUGGAUUUUAAAACUCUUACUCAAAUUGAAAGAAAUAAAAUAAAUCGGGAAAUGGAAGAAUUAGUAUUGUCAAAAGCAACAGUAAUUGCAUGCACCUUAUCAUAUUGUUAUUCUGGAAUAAUGGAGAAAAUAUUUGGUGGAAAGGAUAAAAUAAAAAUUCCAAUUUGUAUUGUUGAUGAAGCGACACAAUGCUCUGAACCUGAGAAUUUAAUCCCAUUGAUGUUGGGCGUAAAGAAAUUGAUUUUAGUUGGAGAUACUAAUCAGCUGCCAGCAACAAUAAUUUCAAAAAAAGCCAAAGAAAUGGGACUGGAUCAAUCUUUAUUUUCUCGAAUUCAAAAAACCUUUGAAAAUUAUGGAGAAGAAAAUCCUAUAAUAAUGCUUAAUAUGCAAUAUAGAAUGGACUAUCCAAUAUUGUCGUGGCCCAAUUCCUAUUUCUAUCAAGGAAAAUUAAUAGAUAAGGCUAAUGUUAAAACAGUUCCAUAUAGUUCAUAUAGGGUUUUAAAUUUAAAUUCACUUCAAGAUGAAAAUAAAUUUGCCAAUACAGAUGAAGCUGAAUUUGUAUCGAAAGUUAUUUAUAUUAUGAUAACAUCCGUUGAUGUGUAUUCAUUUAAAGAUACUUUACAAAUUGGCGUUAUAACACCUUAUCAAAAUCAGAGAAAUGUUGUAUUAUCGAAAAUAGACACACUUUUGAAAACCGUUUCAUCAAAUAGAAGAAGUAAAUUUUUAAUUGACGUUAAUACUGUCGAUAGCUUUCAAGGUCAGGAAAAAGAUGUAAUCGUAAUGUCAUGUGUCAGAAGUAAUGGCAUUGGCUUCAUGUCUGACAGACAAAGACUUUGUGUUGCUUUAACAAGAGCUAAAUCGAGUCUUAUAUUAUGCGGUAACUUCAAAACAUUUCAGAAAGAUGAGAUGUGGAACGAAUUGAUCACUGAUGCCAAAAGUAGAGGUAUUUUGAUUGAUGUGAAUGUUAAUGCUUCCAUGAAAGAAAUUAAAAGUCAUGUUUUAAGAUAAAUAUUAUUACAUAAAUUUGACUACGCACUAUAUUAUAAAUAAAAUUUAUCAAAUUCAAAGUCAAACAUCGGCAGGGAAGAAUUCUUCGAUAAAAAAAAAGAUAUUUCGUGAUUGAAUGUUUUAUUUAAAAUAAAGUUUGCACUUCUUUGAAAUAAUCUUCUAUAAAAAUUUGUUAAAUUUUAGUUUCCAACGAUAUAAAUAAUUAUUUGUAAAUAUUAAAGAUAUGUUUUUCUAUAAAAAAAAUGUUAUUUACA